UCCUGAGAUGACUGAUUGUGAAUAGAGAGCUGUCACAUCAUGUCACAGACACAGGGGCAGAUUUACAUUUUAACCUAACGGCGGGUGGGCUGGAAUAUAUAUUUAAAAAAAAGACCCGAGUAGAAAAACAACUCAGCCUCCCUCCCCCAUAACACAUUUGCAACAAUCACAUCAUUUCUUCCCAAUUAAACGAAUCCAGAUGCCUCGCAAGAAGGUGGACAAAAAGAAAACGAAAGGUGGAAGGAAAAGGGAACGAGACUUCAGCGAUGAAGAGGACCUGGAGCUGGAGCAUCCCGGCAAGAAGAUGGGCAAACCCGUCCUUCAGACCGUCAAUGAACCGGAGGAGACCAAGGAAAAAAUAAAACUAGAAGGAUCCAAGUGCAAAGGUCAGCUUCUCAUCUGUGGAGCCACAAACUGGGACUUGAUUGGUCGUAAAGAAGUUCCUAAGCAACAAGCUGCAUACCGCAACCUGGGGCAGAAUCUGUGGGGUCCAAAUCGUUACGGGUGUCUCUCAGGAAUACGAGUGCGGACAGUGUCGUCAGGAUCUUGUGCUGCUCAUAAUCUCAUCAUUACAACAGAAGGGAAGAUCUGGAGCUGGGGUCGUGGGGAGAAAGGGCAACUUGGACAUGGAGACACAAAGCGAGGGGAGGUCCCCAAGCUCAUUGAGGCCCUCAAAGACCAGACAAUAGUUGCAGGAGCUUGUGGACGUAAUCAUAGCCUCUGUUUAACAGAAAAUGGAACCGUUUAUGCAUUUGGUGAGAAUAAAAUGGGGCAGCUUGGCCUCGGAAACCAGACUGAAGCGGAACCCUGCCCUUCACAGAUAAUGUACAAUGGCCAGCCGAUUGUAAAAAUUGCCUGUGGUGCAGAAUUCAGUAUGAUUGCUGACUGCAAAGGGAACCUGUACUCUUUUGGCCAUCCAGAGUACGGGCAGCUCGGACACAACUCUGAUGGGAAGUUCAUUGCCCGGGCCCAGAGAAUUGAAUUUGAUUGCGAAGUGGUGCCGCGGCGUGUAGCAAUCUUCCUGGAGAAGACAAAAGAUGGUCAGAUCUUACCAGUGCCAAAUGUUGUUGUCCGUGAAGUGGCCUGUGGAGCGAAUCACACGAUUGCUCUUGAUUCGCAGAAGAGGGUGUUUACCUGGGGAUUUGGAGGAUAUGGUCGCCUAGGACACUCUGAACAGAAAGAUGAAAUGGUUCCACGCCUUGUUAAGCUGUUUGAUUUCCCUGGUCGAGGUGCUGUACAGAUUUGUGCGGGGAACACCUGCUCAUUUGCAGUGAAUGAAAUGGGUGGCUUGUUUUUCUGGGGUGCUACUAACACUUCCCGUGACUCUACGAUGUAUCCCAAAGUGGUGCAGGACCUGUGUGGGUGGAAGGUUCGAAGCCUGUCCAGCGGGAAAAGCAGCAUAAUUGUGGCAGCUGACGAGAGCACAAUCAGCUGGGGACCUUCACCUACCUUUGGAGAAUUGGGAUAUGGAGACAACAAACCUAAAUCCUCCACCACUGCACAGGAGAUAAAGACCUUGGAUGGAGUUUAUAUUGAGCAGGUUUCUAUGGGCCAUGCUCAUUCGUUGAUGAUAGCGAGAGAUGAAAGUGAUGCAGAGAAAGAGAGGAUUAAGAAGUUGCCCGAAUAUAACCCGCGGAUUAUCUGAUGCUGUGUAGCCUGAGCAACCAUACAUGAAAGCUUCACUUGAACAAAGGCAGCUGAAGUUUACAGUGCACUGGUCAACAAGAUUCAAAAAAAAAAAAAAAAUUCCACACUGAACAGGCAAUGGACAACAUCUUAUAACGAACUUUUUCCAAUUCAUUACAAAAAAAUGUUAGUGGUACUUUCAUGAUCGCGAUUACAUAUGCAGCUCGUAGUAGUGUUUCCAAAGCAAUUGAUUUAAACAAUGCACGCAGAUAGUUAAUUUUAGUUGUGUUGUAUGGCCAUUGUGUUACCAUUGCUUCAGUAAUGGCCAUUUCUUACUAAUGUGUUGGGGCUCUCUGUAUUUUCUUUUUAAGCCCAGAUUUGGCUGUUUUAAUUGGUCACCAAGAGCGGUGUAAACAAGCUGGAUUGCUGGGAAUCAUGGUCUUCAAAUGGCUACAUUUAAACCAUCACUCCGGUACAAUUAUUUCUAAUUUUAGUUCUGAUCUGGCCAAAUGAUAUGGUCAAUGGCGUAUGUGUAAAUUGUGAAAUUAAUACCCUUCGUCUGUCUGUUUCGGAAGUGUGCACAGAUUUUUUUCCAUCUGGUUCUGCUCACCAAGUCCUGAGGUGUCACUCAGCUUUAGUGAAGACCAAACGUUCCAGUAGUACAGGGCAGGACAGGACCUGAGUAGAUUGGACUUCAACACUGCCUGAUGUUUCAGAGAAGCAAUGUUCCAGUAGAAAGAGAUCUUCUUGAAAAACACAUGCUCCCCUUUUUAGUGCAAUCACAUAUCUCCAGCUUUAUUUUGAGAGGUCUGUUGAAAGAUGUUUGUGUUAUUUGGUUUCUGACCUCUUCUUUAGAUCCCAUGAAGAAUUCGGGUCCUUUGCGAUUGUGGGUCAUGUUAGAUUGUUGUUGACAGCAAGAGGGUUGCUGUCAGCAGUACCCCAUCAGUGUGAAAGUGCCUUAUGAUGUCCCACUCUGGCCAACUCAUUGCCAAUAAUUUAUUAAAAUUUGUUUUAAUGAUUUCUUCUGCAGAGCCCUAAUGGCAGUCACAUUUCCAUUUGCUACUCGUGGUCUGUAUUAAGCUAUGUGUUUGGUUCAGUUUUACACUUCUGAUAAGCUAAUGGAACUAUUAUCUGCUCUUUUUCACUCCUGCCCUGUCCUGUCCACUUUUGGAUUUUUUAAAAAAUAAAGUGAUCUUUGUGCACUAA